AUGACGACAAAAAAGGCGAUUUUAAAACGGUUACAAUUUCUGGAUUUCUUCACCACGAUUCAAGUGGUUGAAUAUGUUUUUGGAUACGGAGAGGGGAAUUUCUCUUGGAAUAUCCCCACGAAUAAUAACAACCCGUUUCCCGCUGAGAACGGAGGUGAAGGGAGGGAGAGGCCUAGACAUAGGCAUAGUUUAUCCGUUGAUGGGUCUUCUUCGAGUUUGGAGUCUAUAGAAGCGAAGAAAGCUAUGGCUCCUGAUAAACUCGCUGAGCUUUGGGUUGUUGAUCCCAAGAGAGCUAAAAGGAUAAUUGCUAAUAGACAAUCUGCAGCUCGUUCAAAAGAGAGAAAAGCUCGGUAUAUGACGGAGCUUGAGAGGAAAGUUCAGACCUUACAAACUGAAGCUACUACCCUUUCUGCACAACUCUCUUUGUUCCAGAGAGACACAACUGGUUUGUCAUCUGAGAAUACAGAGCUCAAGCUUCGUUUACAGGUCAUGGAACAACAAGCCAAGUUGCGUGAUUCACUAAACGACCAACUAAAAAAGGAAGUAGAGAGGCUGAAGUUUGCAACGGGAGAAGUCUCACAGGCUGAUGCAUAUAGCCUCCAAAUGGCACACAUGCAAUACUCUCAACAACAUCAACCACAACAACAAUCAUUCUUUCAACAACAACAUCAUCAGCAACAACAAACUGAUGCUCAAAACUUGCAACAAAUGACUCAUCAGUUUCAUCUCUUCCAGCCAAACAACAACAACCAAAACCCUCAACUUAUGCAUCACUCUUCUACUUCUAAUGCCUCUGGUCAGACUCAUUCCUUUUCAGAGGCAAUGCAUGAAGACCAUCUUGGCCGGUUACAGGGGCUUGGCACUAGCAGCUGUGGCAGAGGCUCCAACUUUGGUAGGUCUGAUACUAUCAGUGAAAGCAGCAGCACCAUGUGA